AUUAACCCUAUUCCAUGACUAUGGAUGACAGGGUUGAGAAUGGCGUAAAGUGGUGUGGACGAGUAUGCGCGCGAUCACGACCGUUAGAAAAUUGCGCCAUUUUUUAGUUCUAACCAAGAUUAUUUUCCGAGUUGUGAAGUGUUACGCCAAGGGUUUAUGACAUCGUGACCGGUGGCACAUGUAAAAACUGAUGGUAGUGUGAAUAUCCAACAAAGUGAUCGACGCCGAACGAAAUUUUAAUUACGCUUUGUAGGUGUGCCUAGCGGGAGUUUAGUGCACGAGGGAACUCUUUUUACCGGGUUUCUUUUUAAGAAAGAGUGCAUUUUUGUCUGUAAACAAAAUGUCGGUGGACACUCUGAGUGAUUCGGAAUUACGUAGUAAAUUGAUGGAAUAUGGAUAUCCAGUGGGUCCGGUAACACAAACCACCAGAAAAAUUCUGGUAAAAAAGUUGAAAAAUCUUAUGGAAGCUCGAGGUGGUACAGGGUCACGACAUUCGUUGGCUGCAAGAUACAGUAGCGAGGACACAGAUGAUGAUACAAGCACAACAACUAUUAAAAAGAAAAAAGCGAGCACGAAUACCAGACGACAAACUUUAGCGAAUCCAAUGCCACCACCAUCGACUGUUUUAACUUCAUCAGUUACAAGCAUAUCGAAAAACCCAGUUAAAGAGAAGAUUACGCAUUCGGAAUUUAAGGAUCCUAUAGCACCAGAUUACGAUGGUCCCUCCUCCUUUGUGAAUCGUACUUCGAUAAAAAAUAUCCAGAAAAAAUAUGUUAAGAUUCAUAAGGCUUCGAGUAUAACUGAUGGUUUGGAAACUGGUUCGGAUUCGGACGUUGUUGAAGAAACAAACAGAAGUUAUUCUCCAUCUAAAUAUUUGUCUAGCAUUGGGAAAUCUCACGAUUCUAGAUCAUACGAACACGAUAUAUCUGAUCAAGAACAAACUCCAAAACCAUAUGAUCCAAAGUCGAGAUCUAUUCAUACGAUAAAAGACAAUAAGUAUGGCAAUUCUCUUUUCGAUUUAAAUAUUUCGCCGGUACAGUCCACAAAAGAAGAUAUCUGUAUAAAAGAUAAUUCGACUCAAAAAGAUAUUUUGGCAAAUUACGAAACUCCAUUUUUAUCAGAAUUUACCAGGAGACUUAGUUCCCGGGCAUCUAUAAAUUUACCAUCCACCUCCUUGUCUAAUUUAAAAGGUUCGUCUUCGCGUCAUACCUCGAAUGUACCAGAAUUAAAAGAGAAAGAUUCGAAUGGCCAUUUUUCGUCUUUAAGAUCGCUGUAUUCGUCGAGUCCGAGGCAUCUAACAUCAUCCAUUGAUAGACCUCGAGAGACGAUGAGUAGAACGUUUAAGUUGUCGACUACGAGCAGAGAAGAUAUGCGAAACAAUCAGAAUAUGGUGUCCGUUAUUUUGGUAGUGGUACUUGCCUUAUUUUUUGGGAUUAUCGCCGUUAUAUACAUGGGACUCGGUGGAAAAUCGGAAACUUUUCCAUCGCUUUCAAUGGAUAGCAACAUACCAUUAUGCUUUCUCGGAGCCGACCUUGAAGCGCCUGGAGUUAAUUGUGUAUUGAAAGAAAACGUAGAUUCAGUACUACAACUGUUAAAGCGGCUUCAACAGAUUUUAACGAAAAAGGCGGUGUCUAUGAUAUGCGACAAUUCCAGCGAAACUCCUUACCUGACUGAUUCUGAAAUCAUGCAAAUGUUCACGAAUAAUAAAGCGACAAGCUUGGAAGUGAAAGAGGAUUUGCAAAACGCACAAUUACUCGUCAUAAAGAAUCCCAAGUGGGGUAUUUCACUCGUAGAUAUAAGCGACGAUAACGGAGCACCUGGCGAAGUUUUGGACUCCUUGGACAAAUUAUUUUCCACCCGUCUAAAUGGAAAAGUUGGAAUGGUGAUCGUGGAUCCGGAAUUGCCAAUGCAAUGUCUUAUUAAAAACAAGCUUUUCACCAUAUUCUCCUCCCUUCUAAUUGUGUCACUUGGCCUGCUAGCAGCUAUAGGGAUCCAGAAAUUGUUCGUUUGGUACAUAAAGCACAAGAAAAGUACCGAGGGAGAAGUGUUUAAACUUGUUAGUGAAAUUAUUAACAUGGUCGAAAUGCAUCAUCAAAAUGCCGGUGUGGCAACGCCUGGUGGUACGCAAGAGAGCUUUCUUGCUAUAAAUCAUGUACGCGAUAAUUUGAUACUUCCGAGAGAUCGUAAAAAGAUGGCUGGACUUUGGGAAAAGGCAGUGAAAUUUUUGGAUGAAAACGAAUCCAGAAUUCGAAGGGAAGUACAACAGGUUGCUGGCGAAGAAUUUCAUGUAUGGCGCUGGUUGCCUAAUAAUAGUCUGAAUAAGUCGAAUACGCAAAAUUUUGUUCUCAACAAAAAGUCUAAAGUAUGGCAAGGCCAAGCAUUCGAGACAAUGGAAGGUUCGGUAAACAGUUUGACUUGUUCACCCACACCAUGCUUAAAAAUAAGGCAUAUGUUCGACGUUGACGUAGAAUUCGAAGAUGAUUGGGAAACGAAAGUUCAGGAUGCUAUUCUAGAGAAGUGCGGAGAAGGUGUGAAAAUACUUCACAUUCGUGUAGAUCGCGGUAGCCGAGAAGGUUGCGUUUACAUGAAAUGCAUGUCGCAAGAGGACGCGGGAGAAGCUUACAGAGCUUUGCAUGGAUAUUGGUUCGAUGGUCACUUAGUAACUGUAAAGUACCUGAGAUUGGAAAGAUAUCACGAGAGAUUUCCAGAUGCCCGACGCUGUACGAUACCUUUGAAACCAAGUAAUAAUCAACGAUUAUCUAUGCAGGCGGACUAUUAAAGGAUGCCAUUUUGGGAUGUAAACUGAUAAAAUACCUCUUUGCUUGUAUAUGUACGACUAACAAGCAGAAUUUGAAUUUUUGCCGCUAAAUAAUUUUUCGCGGACCAGAAUUCGCGAAAUACUUCUAUUUUUUGCUCUGAAAGAGAGGAGAACUUCGUACUAUCGCGCAUAAAUAUAAAAUCCGAAGGACUUGUAGUUGUGUGAUAACAUUCUAAGGAUUGAAGAGGCAGAGACUUUUUAUAAGCAUUUUCAUUUCGAUUUUGUAAUGUGUAUAUUAUUAUUAUGUUCUAUCGUCGUUUUUAAGAGAAAAAAGGAAAUAUCGCAAAGACUCAACAAUUACAUUAUUUAUGAAACUACUGUAAAGUAAGUGUAAAGACAUUGUUUCAAUGCUGCAUUUUAUGAAGUUUCCAAGUAGCAAUAUACAAGUCAAGAAUAUGCAUAUCCAAAUUUCUAUAUUGUAAUAUAUUCUUUUUGUGCGUCAAAGAGAAGUGUUUGAUUCGUCAUCUAAUACUUACUUCGAUGCUACGUAAUAGGAGAUCCGUUACAAAUUUUUAACGGUCUCUUUUGCUUUAUUAAUACUGAACAAAUGGAAAUAUUUUUCUUUUUUUUUUUCUUCAUGUGACAAUUGCCGUUUUGAUCAAAGGGGUUUU